ACACACAAACACACACCACUUUAAACCCGGAUGGAUGACUUCACCGUUUCGAUCGGGUUUCCUUUAUGAUCCCGGGAUCUCCCACUCUUCUGGUCAGACCCCUGCGAAGGCACACGAGUACACGUCGCCGUUCCUCGCGCAGCUCCCAGCUCGCGACCAGCGUGUCUCUCACUUCUGGCGCCGGCCGGCCGCGCAGAGGAGCUGCUACAGUACACUACUGAUCCUCGAGGAUACACCUGUGAUCGACCCCCGGUGCCACUCUGGUCCGCGAUGUCCGAGGUGCUGCCGUACAGCGAGGGCAAGAUGAGCGGCUACGGGGCGGACAGCGAAGUGAGCCAGAUGUCCUUCAGCUGUGGACUGCAGGACACCAACUCCUUCUUUGGGGGGUCGCAGGCAAAGAGACCCCCCAAACUCGGGCAGAUCGGCAGAGCCAAGCGAGUGGUUAUUGAAGACGACCGGAUAGACGAGGUCCUCAAGGGGAUGACAGACAAGUCCUCACCAGGGGUGUAAAGUGACCAACCACAUGCAGACUCUUUAUGUUCAUCACCGAUUCGAAGCACCUGACGGUCGUGCAUGUGUUCAAGGAUUGUAAAGGAAGAGUGAAGGUAUGCAAGGGUGACAAAGAAGGGUGAAAGAAAGAAAAAAAGAAGGAAAGCGAGGAAGAAGACAAAGGAAGACAUAGAAAGCCCAAGGUUUAUUUUUGGGGAUGCUGGCAAUUCUUCAAACAAAACAUGAUUUGAAACAACUGCUCGGCAGCGUGAAGGAAAGACAGCUCUGUCUCCACCUCGGCUGAAUCAUAGGAUGGGCAACAAACUUUCCAACAUCUCAUGACCACCUUCUUAAUAAAUGAAUGAGUGAAUAAACAAAAACCGUGCGGUAAGCUGCAAAACUGGAAGCCGAACAUCAUCCGAAGCUCUCAUUCUAUAGAUGUACAAUAGGGUACUUUAUUUAGAAGACACAGGUUUUAUGUUAAAAAAGACGAUGUGCAGCACAACAGUCAAAAGGAGCUGUGUCACUGAGCACCAUCCAAACACAACUCAUCAGCGUAGCCCCUGCUGCUGCACACAUCUCGGACCACGAAGACCCCAGAACACAACACACCUCAUCUAUGUAAUAAUGUGAAACGUACACAAGGAUGAUUGCUUCUUUGCAGCUUAUUUAUUUUUCCACAUGGGGGCUUCGCCUCUCAGACACACACAGCAAGACACACUUACACGGAGAACACGGAUCUUCUGUCUUCUUGCCCACGUUCUGUGAUGGCACCAUAUCUCUGUUCAAUAUCUCUUCAAAAAAUCAAAAUGUUGGAAUAGAUUUCCAGAUGCCAGCAGGGAUGGUCAAAUGUGAAUAUAUUAAAUUAUUACAAAAAAAGACUGAUGGGAAAGUUUUAUUACUGUUAUUUAUUUUGAUUCUACAGUUACGUUUUCAUCUUACAUACAUAAAAGUUGACUUCUCCAUUUUUUUUGCAUGAACUUUUCUCCCUGGUGCCAACAAAGGCACCACCCAACCAUUCUUACCCUGGCACGCUUCUUUUUAACAAAAGUCAUAUUUGUAUUUUUAUAUCUAAAUAUUUGUUAUUUAAACUGAUGUGCUAGGUGAACAGCUCAUUAAUACAAUGUUUGUACUUUGGAAGGGAUAUUCUGAGACUUGUCUCAGUCAAUAUCACACGUGGGAUGUUUUUAAAGACUUACUGAAUGUGUUUCGGGUUUUGCACACAUCAAUGUUUAAUUAUUAUUGAUUAAUAGUAUGCUGUGACUUGAGCUUUGUUGAUGGAUUUAUUAGAAAUGGCGAUUUUAGAGUCUAUUGCACUGUUUACGAGUAUCUUCAGAUAACGCACUGUUAUUUGACUCAUUUUUUGACAUUAGUUUUUUUAAUUUUAUAACAUUCUUUUACAGAAAAAAAGACUAUGAUUUGUUGUGCAUGAAGACAAUAUUUUCAAUAACGAAACAUAAUUUUCUGAAGCAAAAAAGCAACAAAAUGUCAUGACAUUCUAAGAAUGAGUCAUUGUAUAUAUGAUACCAUUUUCACUGUAUUUGGUGAACUAAUAAAUGGUGAAAUAAAAUGUUUGAGGCUAUCAUUUUGUAUUUUUUCUUCCUAAAACCAUAAAGGCCAACAUUAAAUGUCUAUCAGCACAGGCAAAGCAGAAUGUUUGUAAGGAAUUUCAAUGACUGACGUUUUGUUCUGUAAACCAAAUAAAGACAAUCCACAAACUAGAACUCAUAGUACCACAGUAUUCUUCUCCCCAUAUACAAAAACUUCAACAAAUAAAAGAGAAAUACUAACCAGAAACCAUGUUUUUUCCUGGACACACAAAGCAUUUGCCCAGUGUAA